CUUGGUGAGCUCCUUGUUUCUUCUACAGGGAAAUGGGGGGAAAUCAGACUUCCAUCACAGAGUUCCUCCUACUGGGAUUUCCCAUUGGCCCAAGGAUUCAGAUGCUCCUCUUUGGGCUCUUCUCCCUGUUCUACAUCUUCACCCUGCUGGGGAACGGGACCAUCCUGGGGCUCAUCUCACUGGACUCCAGACUCCACACCCCCAUGUACUUCUUCCUCUCACACCUGGCAGUCGUCGACAUCACCUAUGCUUGCAACACGGUGCCCCAGAUGCUGGUGAACCUCCUGCAUCCAGCCAAGCCCAUCUCCUUUGCUGGCUGCAUGACCCAGAUGUUUCUGUUUUUGAGUUUUGCACAUACAGAAUGUCUCCUCCUGGUGGUGAUGUCCUAUGAUCGGUACGUGGCCAUCUGCCACCCUCUCCGAUAUUCUACCAUCAUGACCUGGAAAGUCUGCAUCACUUUGGCAUUGACUUCCUGGAUUUUAGGAGUCUUAUUGGCCCUUGUCCAUCUAGUGUUACUGCUACCACUGUCCUUCUGUGGACCCCAGAAACUUAAUCACUUUUUCUGUGAAAUUAUGGCUGUUCUCAAACUUGCCUGUGCGGAUACCCACAUCAAUGAGGUAAUGGUUUUGGCAGGGGCAGUGUCUGUGCUGGUGGGACCCUUCUUUUCCAUUGUAAUUUCUUAUGUUCAUAUUCUAUGUGCCAUUCUAAAGAUCCAGUCAGGAGAGGGGCGUCAGAAAGCCUUCUCCAUCUGCUCCUCCCACCUCUGCGUGGUUGGACUCUUUUAUGGCACAGCCAUCAUCGUGUAUGUUGAGCCCCAAUAUGAGAGCCCCAAGGAGCAGAAGAAAUAUCUCCUGCUGUUUCAUAGCCUCUUCAAUCCCAUGCUUAAUCCCCUAAUUUAUUGUCUUAGGAACAAGGAAGUCCAAGGUGCUCUAAAGAGGAUGCUUGAAAAGGAGAGAACUUCAUGAAAGCCUGAAAGAAUAAUAAAAUAGCUGGCUUUAAAGG